AUGUGUGGUGCCCAUGGAAUCAUAUCAGUCUUAGUUUCUUUACGAAUGCAUAUUAUUCCCUUAUCAGCAGCAUCAGUGGCAAAGAUACAUCCCUAUCCAGAUAUGGCACUUAUGCGCAAAUAUAAGCUCUUCAUUGAAAUAUUAUCAAUUGAUUCAGACUGCAAUGCAUUUUGCCUUACUGUUCUUCACAAAUUCGACAUCAAAGCUACAUUAAAUUGUGCGUUAAAAAGCGUCAGUUUGCUUAAAUGGCUUCAGAAGCAUUUUGAAAAGAAGUUGGCAAAGAUUGUAGGAAGAGAAGAGAGAGCAAAACAUCCCAUGAGAAUUUAUAAUCCUCUUACUGCAACAAAAUCUUGCAGCAGCAAUGACAUCGGUAUUGCUGUCUGGUUUACUGCUCAUGGACACCCAUCCGAUUUGACGGCAGGAAAUUCUUAUGGUAGUCAUGGUGCAAAGGUCAGCCUAGUCUUCAGUUAUUUAUUCCCAUCCAAUGAGCAUAGCCAAGUAGACUGCAAUUCAUUCUUCGUCCAUGCCACCAUGUGCAUUGCAUCACUUAAAAAAAGAGAACUCAAUUUUUGGUAUGUUUCACAGUAUUAUCUUGUUGAAGAACAAAUAGUGAGGAAAGUGGAAACUAAAAGGUUCUGUUGGUUUCCUUUUAUUCAAUGUUGCAAAGUUUUGCUUCCAGAAAUUCACGGAAUACGUAAAGCUGUAAGAUAUCAUCAGGAGAUAAACUUGUUUCAGUCAGAACUUAGUGGUUGCUCUCAUGUGGUAGUAAAUAUCUCAAGGAAGAAAUGGAUCAUCAGACGAAUGACAGAUACAGAAAGAAGAAAUUUCGAUCUGAUACAUCUGCAUCGACCCAACUUCAAUAAUUCCUGCUAUAAUUUUGCCCAAACAUCAACCAUUCUUAAUUUUAGUAGUCAUGAUAACGAAGUCUUGAGAAUGUGUUUAAUAUCAUCUUAUAAUCAUUAUCAAACACCAGGAGAUAUUCAUCAGAAAUAUACAAUCAGAGUACUUGCUAAAGAAUAUUUCUGUAAGUACAGGGUCAAGUAUGCUGCUACUUCAGCGAAAAAGGACCACAGUGGUAAAUUUGUUAGAAGUUUAUUGGAAACAGCACAUUAUUUAGCAAAUUAG